AUGUCCAGCCCGCCUAUCGACCCUCCAUCUGGUGGAGCCAACGAUCCUGACCCGAUGGACACCGAUGUGAUGGGCUUCCCAAGUCUCGAAGAGAUCGACAGCGCAAUCUUCGAAGAUAUAGACAGCACAAUCCUCGAAGGAUUUGAUCCAACCAACAUCGACCAAAUGAUGGCUGACUUUACACAAGCCCUCAAUGCCGAAAUGGCCAGUGCUAUCGCAACUACCAAUCCAAUGCUUCCUCCGCCACAGCACUUGGCCUCCAGUCAAGAGGCCCUUGAAGGGUAUCUGGUUCAAAUGCAAGCCUAUGCUGGCAUCCCACGAGACGAGCUUCAGCCAACACAAGCCUCCCAAUUGCCUCAACAGGCCCGGGGUAUCUCGAAUUUUCGAAUCAUAAACGGUCGUCUCACGGCAAUGGCGAUACCUCCAGCAACCUUUGAUGGUUACUUGGCCCCCAUGACAGAUCCCACAGCUAACCAACAGAACCCGGGAAAUUCGGAUGACCCUGGCAAUGACACUCAGACUGGAUCCAACCCCAAUGGUUCCAGGACUGACGGUCCCACCACUGAUGGUUCCAAUUUUGACGGUUCUAGCAGCGAUGGUUCGGACAGCGAUGGCUUUAUCAGAGUUGAAGACUCUGAUAUUGAAAUCGACAUGGGUGAAGAUGGAAAUUAG